GUAGUUCACAGAGCUAAGUAAGGUGAUGGCUCUUUUCAGGAGGCGACUUCACAUCCCAGAGUGCAUUGCGGUCCGGCGUGGCGAUGUAUGGUGUAUGGGCUUAGUUUGGACAACAGUUUGGCUCUUUAUCUCAUCAUUUCUGAAAUGAUGCUGCUGCUUUGAAUACAAACCUUGCUUGAUUACACGUCUGGUGCAGAACAACAGGAUGGAUGGGACGUGUUUGCGGAGAAGAAGAGGCGGUCCAUAUAAAACGGAGCCUGCUACAAAGCUAACCCACUGGCGCUUGAGUAAUGAAGAAGGGCGGCAGCGCUGGCGAUUUCUGGCAGAUGAUGAAGAAUGUGACCGGGAACAGACUGGGUUGGAGGCUCACUCUCUAGGGCUAGAUACGAAUAAAUUCUUCCCAGUCUUGCCCAAGGCCUGCACUGCACAGGAGGCAGCAAUGAAUGGGAUGAAGUUUUACUCAGGCCUACAAGCGGAGGAUGGCCAUUGGGCUGGGGACUAUGGGGGACCUCUCUUCUUGUUGCCAGGGCUCCUAAUCGCAUGCCAUGUUGCUAAGAUCCCGCUUCCAGAAGAGAGCAAGAAGGAGAUGGUGCGCUACCUACGUUCGGUGCAGCUCCCAGAUGGAGGAUGGGGCCUGCACAUUGAGGACUUGUCCAAGGUCUUUGCAACUGCUCUCAACUACACAGCCCUGCGAAUUCUUGGCAUCAGUCCUGAUGACCCAGACCUGGUGCGAGCUCGGAACAACCUCCAUAGCAAAGGUGGUGCUGUGGGAAUCCCUUCCUGGGGUAAAUUUUGGUUGGCUGUCUUGAAUGUCUAUAGCUGGGAAGGCAUGAAUACACUUUUCCCUGAGAUAUGGUUAUUUCCCUCAUGGAUGCCAGCACAUCCUUCCACACUUUGGUGUCAUUGCCGUCAAGUUUACCUGCCGAUGGCCUACUGCUAUGCCACACGCCUUACUGCAGAAGAAGAUGAACUUAUCCUGAGUCUCCGACAGGAGCUCUAUGUCCAAGACUAUUCCAGCACUGACUGGCCAGCGCAGAGAAAUAAUGUUGCGGCGUGUGACGUUUACACGCCACACAGCUGGCUGCUUACAGUUGUCUAUGCAAUAAUCAACACCUAUGAGAGAUACCACAGCAAGAUGCUGAGACAUCGAGCCAUAGAAGAGAUAUACGACCACAUCAAGGCUGAUGACCGAUUCACCAAGUCCAUCAGCAUUGGCCCUAUCUCAAAAACAAUUAACAUGCUAGCGCGCUGGUAUGUGGAGGGCAAUGAAUCUCCUGCAUUCCAAGAACAUGUCUCCAGAAUCCCUGACUACCUCUGGCUGGGACUAGAUGGCCUGAAGAUGCAGGGCACCAAUGGGUCACAGCUUUGGGAUACAGCAUUUGCUGUUCAAGCUUUCCUGGAGGCUGGUGCCCAGAAGAAGUCUGAAUUUAUUUCCUGUUUGCAACAUGCGCAUGAGUUCUUAAGAAUCAGCCAGAUUCCAGAUAAUCCACCCGAUUAUGAGAAGUAUUACCGCCAGAUGAACAAGGGUGGCUUUCCCUUCAGCACUCGUGACUGUGGCUGGAUUGUAGCUGACUGCACUGCCGAGGGGCUCAAAUCAGUGAUGCUGUUACAAGAGAAGUGCCCAUUCAUAAAGGAACACGUCCCACCCAACUGCCUCUUCGAUAGUGUGAAUGUGUUGCUGAGCAUGCAAAAUGUCAAUGGUGGCUUUUCUACCUAUGAAACGAUGCGUGGGGGCUGGCUCCUGGAACUCCUGAAUCCUUCAGAGGUAUUUGGCGAUAUCAUGAUAGAUUACACUUACAUUGAGUGCACCUCGGCAGUGAUGCAGGCACUGAAGCAUUUCCAUGAGCGCUUCCCUGAACAUAGGACACUGGAGAUCAGAGAAACGCUUCAAAAGGGCUUGGAGUACUGUCGGAAAAUGCAGAGGGUUGAUGGCUCCUGGGAAGGGAGCUGGGGUGUGUGCAUCACCUAUGGCACAUGGUUUGCGUUAGAAGCAUUUGCUUGUAUGCAGCACACAUACUGUGAUGGAGUAGCCUGCAGGGAAGUGUCCCAGGCUUGUGAGUUCUUGCUCUCCAAACAGAUGGAGGAUGGUGGUUGGGGAGAGGACUUUGAAUCUUGUGAACUGCGCAGAUACGUCCAGAGCGCCACGUCCCAGAUCCACAACACCUGCUGGGCUCUUCUGGGGCUUAUGGCCGUGGGGUAUCCAGAUGUCAGAGUCCUGGAAAGGGGGAUCAAAGUCUUGAUUGACAGACAGCUGCCUAAUGGGGACUGGCCACAGGAGAAUGUUUCUGGAGUAUUCAACAAGACCUGUGCUAUCAGCUACACCUCCUACCGAAACGUCUUCCCCAUUUGGACCUUAGGACGCUUUUCUCGCCUAUAUCCUGCCAGCCUUCUUACCGAGGCAUUAAGAAAUUGAAAGAAUGGACUAGCUGGAGGAACAAGAAAUGGACAUAAUUGCCAUUCCCCCUCCUCCCAAAUUGGGGACUUCUAACUGACAUGGCAGAUGUGUCCUGGCAGUCUCCCCAGGCUCUCUGUAAGUUUUUGAAUUACAGGAUUAUGUAUAGAUUGCUAGAAGACACUGUCUUGAGGAGCUAGUGAGGUGGAGGAGGAGCUGAAGAGGACGACACUGAAGGCUUCUUUGAAUGGCUCGUUAUCACAAUGUUCCUUGCUCUAUGUGCGCACACAGCAAGAAGGUUGGCUCAGGAGUAGUAUUUGUUCCAGCAUGUGACCUGUGAGCUGAGUAGCCUCCAUUUGAUGUAGGUAAUAAGGUCGUUCACAUGACCAUUGCUGGUCCUGGGAGGGAGGGCGAGGGGAAUGCAGAGUUUUAACCUACCUUCCCUGCAGACAAUCCAGGAUGGCCUGAGCAGUGCCACGCCACCACACACACAAUCACUGUGGCGGCAACUGGGGCUGUAUUCUGGAGGCUGGAGAAACGCUCCCUGGCCUCUGGGAAUCCCACAGUGCCUAGGGCAUGGUGCAUUGGGGGAUUUCCCCAUCAGAUGGGCACUCUAGGCAACCAGUCUGCAUGCAGCCCAAGGAGACACAUGAUUGCCUGUGCCCUUAACCUCGGCUAAGAGCCGGGCUUAACAGUAGGGUUAGGCUGGGCAGAAGUGCUGGGAUCUCUGCAGAUCCCAGCGCUCCACACGAGCAGCCUAACCCAGGCUGGGCUUCCCUAGCCUGGGUUAGGCUGCUUGUGAGAAGAGCCUUACUGUGUAACUGAUCCCAACUGGACUUAUAAGCUCAACCCCCCAUAAUUCCCACUUUGAUUUCUCUGGGCCCGACAUGUAUUGAGUUCUGUGGGUGUACAUAUUGCACAUUGUAAUGGGCUGGUGUGAUCCUCCUGCUCCACUGUGUGUUGAUUAUACAUAAGGUGGCAGCAACCAAAUGUAAUGUUUGCAAGUGAACGAACAAAGAGUUGUGUCACAAAUGAUGGUGCUAAUUUCCCCGCUACUACUUCUCAUCCUUUCUCUCCCUCUUUCAGAGAGAUGCUCUAAUCUAUAAUAACCUGCAGUACAUCUCAUGGUUUAAGAACGUAACAGCCCUGGAUCAGGCCCAAGGCCUGUCUGAUCCAGCAUCCUGUUUCACACAGUGGCCCACCAGAUGCCUUUGAGAAGCCCACAGGCAAGAGGUGGGGGCAUGCCCUCCCUCCUUCUGUUGCUCCCCUGCAACUGGUAUUGAGAGUCAUCUUGCCUCUGAUGCUGGAGGUGGCCCAUAGCCACCAGACUAGUAGCCAUUGAUAGACCUGUCCUCCAUGAAUUUGUCUAAGCCCCUUUUAAAGCCAUCCAAGCUGGUGGCCAUCCCCACAUCCUGUGGCAGACCGUCUCUAGAGUGGAUAUAUAAAUGGUAGCAGAAUAAGGUGGUAGAUUGCUGAGGUGGAAGGCUAAACUCUAGUUGAGAGGGAAUCACAUUUCUGAAUGCUUUCUUAAGUAAACACUUCCCUGUAAGUAGAAAACGGCCAGAGUGGGGAGAGUACAGUUUGGCGGGUUGAGUGCAGUGGCGACCGGCACCUUUAAAAGUGAGGACAACAGGUCCUUAGAUCAUCCACACAGCUUGCUGCUGCUGCGGCAAACUGCCCAGCAGCCCGCAUGUGGUGGUGGUGGCGGCGGCACUCCCCCGUCAGCCCGGGUGCGGUGGCGCAACACCGGCAUGCACAUGGCCUCCGCACAUGCACGGAAGCCAUUUGCAGGGUCAGCAUGGUUGGGCGCAGGUCGAUGGGGAAGCUGUGUGGAGCAGGUAAGGCGCUGCUGUCCUCACUUUUAAAGGUGCCACUUGCCACCACCUCCAACCUGCCAAACCCGUUUGGCUUUGAACCAGUGCAUGAACCAUGGUUCGUGCACAUCCCUGAUCAAUAACAGAUCUAAAGGAAGACUGUAUGCGUAGAAGAGGAUCCAAGGUACAAUCUUCAAAACCUUUAUUACUUAAUAUUGAUAUCAUAAUCUAGAAGCCUCAGUCAGAAGAUAUGCUCAAUUAUCCACAAUACAAAAUCCAGUUCAAUUAACCAUAUAAUCACUGACUUUGAUAAACUCUCUUCAUAAUUAUAUACAUGUGACCACCCACUUUAAUUAACUUCUGGAUCUGCAGGUGUGUGUAUGUACCCAGCCGGCCCUCCCCCAUCAACAGGGAGGGACACAGUAAGGGACACCUCAACAGUGUCUGUUCUUGGUUUGUUUUAUGCUGUAAACUACUUAGAGACUUUGGUAGUGGGCAGUAUACAAAUUUAUUAAAUAACAAAUAAACAGCAUCAUUUGUGA